UCAGCUUAGAGAGGAGGCGGACUCUUUUCCUUAACAGAGAAGUAAAAAACGGUUUCUAUAUCUUCUUCGACUACAAAGCCCAGGAGCAAGCGAAGAAAAGCGAAGCAUCAAGCAUGGGUGGUGCUACAAUUUCCUCUUUCAAUUCGACUCCUGAGGAAGAAGUGUCGUCCGUUGACCAAGAUUUUUCGAAUUCAUCGUCUGUUAAGCCCGCCUAUCUCAGGAAGGUGGAAGAUGGAGGGCUGAAUGUCAAAUAUAAUGAGGCGGAUCGUCCAAUUUCUCCGUCGUCGUUGGACCUUGAAGUUAAUCAGAGGAGGAGACAGAAUACUUAUGUAGAGGUCUGGCAGAGCUAUGAUCGACUACGCACUCGUAGCAAGAACUUGGAGGAGGCUAAGUGCAAAAUCUCGAGCUAUGCCCCUGGAGUAUGGAUUGAGGAGCUUGGUGGCAUGAAAUUGAGCGACUAUGAUGUGCCAAAGACGACAUCACUUUUAUUGAUUGGUCCAAAAGGCUCUGGGAAAAGCAGUCUCAUAAAUAGAAUUUCAAAGGUGUUUGAUGAUGACGAGUCUUCAUCAGAAAGAGCACAAGUAUCAUAUAAUUCAUUAUUAGGAGACGGGACCUACUUCAUUCAAGAAUAUAUGAUCCCAAGAGGAUCAACUUCUUUUUGUCUCUAUGAUACUCGCAGUUUAUCUGAUGACUUGUCUGAGAACAUCGAAAUGAUAAAGUGUUGGAUGACAAAGGGUGUUCGUCAUGGGGAGCUUGUGAUCAGGGAGUCAGAUGGUUCAGAUCUAAGGAAAAAACUGAAGCGCAAAGCUCGGGGCAAUGGCUGUCAAUCAUGUAAAGUCAGGAUAAUUAAUUUCGUCAUAUUUGUUGUUGAUGGGCUCGCAUUUUUAAAGUCCAUGGACACUGAUGGAAACACAAAGACACAGUUUAUGCAGAUGAUCGCUGAGACUUUCAACUGCCCAUACUUGUCUUUUAAAGAUGAUAAACCUGUUGUUGUUGUCACACAUGGCGAUCUUCUUUCCCUCACUGACCGCGCUCGCAUCCGUGUCCAUCUGGGGAAGCUGCUGGGAAUUUCUCCUGCAAAGCAAAUUUUUGACAUUCCUGAAAUCUGUGAACCUGCAACUGAUUUGGCAAUUGUUGAUUUGUUGCGUUAUUCUUUGGAGCAUGCCGAGAGACAUCUUCCUUGCAAGAAAUGGAUCGGAGACAAGGUACGAAGCGCUUCGCUCUCAGGAGUAUCCCGGUCAGGAUUUAUAUGUUUGUACAUAAUAUUGGGGAUUGCUAUUAUAAUAGCCUGCAUGCGACAUGCGCAUGGCCAUCAUCCGGCCAAACCACCACCUCAUGUGCAUUUCCACCAUCCAGCCAAACCAAUCCCUCUUGUGGAUUGGCCUAAAAUCGAUUGGCACAAGAUCAGGCACCUGUGGUUAGAUGAGUCCUAACUGCUUAUCUUUUCUGGUUUCAAUCAUGGCCGAUGCUUGUAUAUAUAGUGGUGCUGAACUACCUGAUGAAGUUACUAAGUGGAAUCUUGAUAAGAUGAUCACCAUGUUAAUAUAAUAAUUAUGGAGCGACUAGAUCUUUUGUUCAA